GCAGCAGCUGAUCGGGAUGUAAACAAUUGACUUGACUUGUUUGAUUUUGGCAAAAUGGAAACUUGUGGGCUUAUCUAUGUGAGCAGAGACUACAAAACGUUUCUGAUGAGAUGCUCGUACUGCCCCACAGACGUUGAGGUGGACAAGUGGCAGGAAUUUGUGGUGCACUAUCGCAAUAUGCACAGCGCCUUGCAAGUGGUUGAGGACCACACUGGCAUGGAUGUGGACGCCAGUUCUAGCUUAAAAGCGGAGUUUCUGGAUGAAGAUUACCACGAGAACGAAACUUACAAGGAGGAAAAUGAUAACGAAGACGAAAUAGAGCAAACCACGCAUCCGGAAGAUGGGCUGCAACAGGGAAAUGCAGUGGAAAAAGUUGAAUUGGAAAUCGAGGCUGUCACUUCGCGGACAAUCUCUUCCGUUGACGAUUCGGAUUCGGAGGCAAGUCAAUCCGAGUUUGUGGAAACGGACUUAGAUGCUGAAUCGAAUAAGUCUGCAGAAAACGAGGAUGCAUCUGCACUGGCUACGCCCAUAUACAAGUUUCACCCAUCGUUCUUUCGCCGGGACCCUCGAACAUUGAAGUUCAUUGAGCUGUACAAGGAACAUCCGUGCCUCUGGAACCCGGGAAAUGUCCGCUUCAAGGACCCCAGUGCAUGCAAGGAGGCCUAUCGGAAGAUGAUUAGUGAUUUGGAGGCAAAGGUGGCCAUGUUUCUGAAUGAAAUCUCGCUAAGAGCGGCCAUAAGAAAGAUGCAUCUGCAAUACAACACCGUGCACAAGCGAGUGCUAUGUGGCACCCAGAAGGCCAAGUCUGUUGCCUUCAGCCAUUACACCAUCUGCAGCUUUCUGCAAGACUGUGAGGUACAGAGAGACUCGUACAAAAACGAAAAAAUACAGCUGGACUUCACCCAGAAGAAUAAACUAACUACAGAGCUGAUAGAGCUAUACGCAAAUUUUCCGCAACUCUAUGAUCAGAAUCACAGCGAGUUCUGCAGCAUGAAUUCUCGAAAGCAGGCUUAUGAGAGUUUGGCUGUCGAAAUCUCAGUGUCGAAUGUGGAUAUUAACAGCGAUGACAUCUAUCGUGCCAUCCAAAACCUUCGACAAUGGUACUACAAGAGCAUGAAACUUGCCAUCAACAAUGGCAAUGAGGCAGAGCAGUUUUAUUUGAAACUCUGUGGGUUCUUGCCUCCGAAAAUGUUCAAGCAGAGGCUUGUGUGUGAGAUUUGCCAUGCAGUCACCUCAUCCGAUCACGUGCUGCAGUCGCACAUAUUCAAGGCACACAACAUUGGCGAGCUGCCAUUUAAGUGCACAGUCUGCCAUCGGAGCUUCGUUGGACGGGGCGAACUGGCCAACCAUAUGCAGCGGGUUCACAUUGGCAAGACGCACCAGUGCGUCCAUUGCGAGAGGAGUUUUGCCGUCAAGUCGGACUUACAAUUGCACAUUCGUACGCAUACUGGCCACAAGCCCUUCGUUUGCGAGCUCUGCGGCAAGGCAUUUCGACUGAAGUCGCAGAUGAAUUUGCAUGUCACCGCAAUCCACACGAAAUUAAGAGCCUUCAAGUGUACGAUGUGUCCCAAGGAUUUUGUGAAAAAAGUCGACUUGUCAGAUCAUAUCAAGGGCCAUUUGAACAUCCGAGACAAAAUAUGCACAACAUGCGGAAAAGGAUUUACGAGCUGCCACUCGCUAAUCCGCCAUCGCCAAAUACACUCCGAGGUCAAGAAAUUUGUGUGCAAACUUUGCGAUGCACGAUUUUCGCAAUUUGUUGGCCUGAACUCCCACAUGAAGCGCACCCAUAAUAUUGUUCGCAACAAUUCACAAAAGGCAACAGAAAUCUGAAGAGCGUC